UGGUGUCGGAGGGAGGGGUGCGGGCUGAAAAAAGAGCGUUGUUGUCCGUUGCUACCGCGGACAGACACUGAGCUGGAAGAAAGUAGUGCUUUGGGGAAAGACUUUGCCUUUUCUACCUCCAGAAAGCACACUCCCAAGAGAUUUACCGAAACAAAGAGAAAGCGGAUGAUAUAGACGACAACCGAGGGUCCUCCACCAGAGAAGAAACCAAAUGGGGAAUCUGUUAAAAGUGCUCACUUGCACAGAGCUUGAACAGGGGCCAAACUUUUUCCUUGACUUUGAAAAUGCCCAGCCGACAGAGGGCGAGCGUGAAGUGUGGAACCAGGUGAACUCAGUCUUGCAGGACUCUGAGAGCAUCCUGUCUGGCCUGCAGGCUUACAAAGGAGCAGGCCAGGAGAUCAGAGAUGCUAUUCAAAACCCCAAUGACCUCCUGCUGCAGGAACGGGCCUGGAACUCCGUCUGCCCGCUGGUCAUCAGACUCAAGAAGUUCUACAGUUUCUCCCUCCGACUAGAGGAGGCCCUACAGAGUUUGUUGGAGUCCCUGACAUGUCCGCCCUACACGCCCACUCAGCACCUGGAGAAGGAGCAGGCGCUGGCCAAACAGUUUGCAGAGAUCCUCCACUUCACACUGCGCUUCGACGAACUCAAGAUGAGAAUUCCUGCCAUCCAGAAUGACUUCAGCUACUACAGAAGAACCAUCAGUCGAAACCGGAUAAACAACAUGAAUUUGGACAUCGAAAGUGAGGUCAACAACGAGAUGGCCAAUAGGAUGUCUCUGUUCUACGCCGAGGCCACGCCCAUGCUUAAAACUCUGAGCAACGCAACCACAAACUUUGUGACAGAGAAUAAGACUCUUCCACUGGAGAACACAACAGACUGUCUGAGCACCAUGGCAAGCGUCUGUAAAGUCAUGCUGGAGACGCCGGACUAUACGAGUCGUUUCAGCAGCGAGGACACCCUGCUGUUUUGUAUGAGGGUGAUGGUGGGCGUCAUCAUCCUUUACGACCACGUCCACCCCAACGGAGCCUUCAACAAGUCCUCCAAGAUAGACAUGAAAGGCUGCAUAAAAGUCCUGAAGGAUCAGCCGGCAGACAACGUCGAGGGCCUCCUGAACGCCCUCAAAUUCACCACAAAACACCUGAACGACGAGUCCACUCCGAAGAACAUCCGAACGAUGCUCCAGUAACGUUUGAUCUUUUAUAUAAAUAGAUAUGAAGAGGAUCAAUACCCUGACCUCACAAAAGAUGUAUAUGUUUACAUUAUUUAAAGACAGACUCGAUGUAAAUACUUGUGUGUAUUUGCAUAGUCAUUCCCUCCAAGUCUUUGAAACCCACACAGCAUUUACCACCUACUUUGCAAAAAAACGGAAAAAAAAAUCAAAAUGAAACAUGAAAUUGCCUAAAAUGAUAACAAAAUGAUGGGUACCUGUCAGCCUUAUAUACCAGAACUUUGCAAGCAGCACUUGGAAAUCCACUCAGUGAAUUUAAAUAAACACUGAAAAAAAAUGUCUAGCUUAACAAAUCUUCCUGUCAAUGUCUUUAUAUUUUUUUAUACGUCUAAAAAGAUUUGCCAAUAAGUUAAUUUUUCAAGUUUUAGUAAAAUGAAACUUCUUUUUGAAGCAAAUUACAUGCUUUUUAAUCAGUGGACAUGACCUUGAAACAAGUGAGGAAAAAAUAAAGCCUUGUAUUAAUUUGUCACAUUUUUCAAGAACAUUCAUCAAAAAUGCUGCAAUAGUGUUUAAAGAAGCAAAAGGACCUCAUCGUAUUGGUUUUUGUUUUCAUUUGGCGUACAAAACGAAGAGAUGAUGACAGAAAAUGAGAUCAGUAAGUGUUUUGUCAAGAUGGACAUCUUUUGUGGUGAAGGCCUAAACGUUAAUGGUUUAGUUGGCGGAGAAGGGAUCAGCGGCUUUGAUUUGUUGCUCUGUGCAUCUGGGCGACUGGCAGGUUGCACUUUUUUCAGCUUCUUCUCCACCCCCGCUCUGUUGACAUAAAUCAAACGUCCACUGUAAACAAUGUUGAUGGUGAUGCUGCUACCUUGCGUAUGAAGUGCUGUCAAGGAAGUGGAUGUCAAAGUUUUCCAUCCUGUACUGGAGAGGUUUUGAUGACGGAAAGGACCGUAUAUGUCCGACACAAAAAAUAAAUCAGCCAACCAAAUGUUUUUAUUUAAUUGUUGUAUGGCAAAGCUCUGAAUGAUAGUAUCUUUUUUGUCAUGUUUGAAGUGAUUUUUUUUUCUAUCCAUGUGGCUUUUGUAUCAAACAGGAAAUCCAUUUCUUUAAAAAGAACAUCAAAAAAUAGCUUUAAUUCUGAAUAAAUUGUUUAGAGUAAGAGCAAAAGUUGCUUUCUGUGACUCAUUUUAUAUUUCUGCCAAGGUAGGGAAAUGUGGGUGUGAUCACUGUUAAAAUUUCUUUAAAAACGCCCAACGGUUCAUGGGUUUGGGUACCACUGCUUGGCCAAUGUGGGUCAUUACCCACGAUUUAUGUCACCCAGUUAAUCCCCCCAAAAAUGGAAGUAACCAGUGGGGUGGUGCUUCAUUUUUGAUAUUUCAAAAAUUAGAUUUCACUGUAGUUCAUUACAGCCCUUUCAAACCAUAUUGGCUCCUUUGUGUCCACUGAACGUCAAACAACACUCACAAUCAUUUCAUAGUCGACAGUUGAAAUGAAAUAAACCGUCAAAGGAUCUGACCCUCUGAGAUGCUAAGUUGCAUCCAUCACAUAAAAUCCUUGAUCUCCAAUCCCCAGCUGUUUUGUCAUCAGGAGGCAGAGCCAAAACUGAGAAACAUUUCACAACUGCAUCGUUUUGCGUUGUGUGGAGAUCCGCCUCCACCCUGGCUCUGGCGUCCUGAGAGAAAAACGGUUGCUGAGCCUGUUUGUGUCACCUGUGAGAGAUUUAACGUGUGAUCCCCAGCACUGUUGUCAGUGAUCGCAGACCAAAGGGGCAUUAUACACUCAAUAUUACUGAUAUCUAAGCUCAUUUUGUGUGUACAGUUGUGUUUUUGCCUAAUUUUACACCAUCCUUUUGAAUAUCAGUCAAGGCUCCAUACUUACACAGCACUCCAGUGACUAAUCCUAAUUAUUCACAAGGUCAGACAAUCUCGUCAUUAUUGACUGCUGUUCAUUGUAUCCAGUGAAUUCUGCUUCACUUGUGCUCUUUAGAAAAAAAAAAAAUCUCAGACAGUGAAGGCCAAUGCACUUACAGAGAAAAAAAAGAGCCAGUGUUUAUGUAACAAACAUCUAAAGCCACAUUGGAUUAAACCAUUGUGGCUUUGCAUUUUGUCCGAUUAAUCCUUAAUUUUUAGUGUUCAUAUUGUAGCUCUGCCAGUGUUUGAUAGACAACGGAUGAAUCAUUUAAUGCAGCCCAUAUAUUUCAAUAUUAAAACAGCGGCUUAUGCCUCACUGCUGUACCUUCCACAUCAUUAAAUUUUACCUAAUCGCCCCCCGAUCACUCGUGUAUAGAAACAUGGAAUAUGGAAAUGUCUGUCUUAUCAUGGGAGCACAACAUUGCCUUAAAGACUUCCAGUCGCAUAAGCUGGCAAAUAGAAGGACUAACCUGUGAAAAGUUGUACUUAAAUAAUAACAUUUAUUUCUCAGCAGCAACGCAGAAAAAAAAAAAAAAAGUUUCUUCAACUGAGCUUCAGUUUAUCUCAUCCAUAAGCCAUACACACUCCUGCCUUUUGACAUCAGUACUCACAUUAACAUUCAAUUAAUUAACAUUCAGUUAACACAUCAGGUAUCCACCAUUCAUAUUAAUAUGUUGUCAAGCCUUUUUUUUGUUUUUGAUCAUUAUGUAUUUAGUAAUAUAUUAGUGUGUGAGCCAUACUUUGGAUUUUGGAGGCAAUGUUUUAUAUGCAAUGAGUGAAUACUGUACAUGGACUAGACUUAGUUAUAUGCUACUGUGUGUUGUAUGCAAGAAGUCGUUUUGAAUAUUGAGACAAAAAUCUCGUUUUGUCCUUAACUGACAAGUUAUUGUUUAAUAUUUUUGGAGCUCUGAUUCAUUGUUCGGACGUUGCUUUGGCUUUGUAUUGCAUAUUGAAUGGGAUGUGUGAAUUGGAAAAUAAAGGUGGUGCAUUUCCUAUGCAGA